CCAGCUCCAGGUGUUUCGUUUCUAGCUGGGUUUCUUUAUGCUUGGGAUUGUUUGGGUGUGAGAUGAGUCUGAUGCCCAUGCGGUAAUCAAGUGAUGGACCUGUGAUUGCUGACUGAUAAGAGCUUAGAGGAUUCAAUUGGUGGGUUUUAGCUUGUACUCUGCCAGUAAUUUGAUCGAUCGAUGCUAUAAAAAGAUGCUUCGGAGUUGUCCCCAAGUCAUCUCAGAGGCGUCAAAAUUGUUGCAAUUCAUUCAUUUUUUCGUAGUAAUGUUUGCUGAGCUACCCAGAUUAAAUCUUUUGUCUGCUAAACUGCAGCAGAAGCAAAUCGCGGUCAAAUGUUAGCCUUUUUGAACCUAUAUGUCUAAGUGUUUUUGGUCCUAUUUCAGUAGCAGACGAUUUGCUGGUGUAGUGGUGUUACAUAUGAAUAAUUUCUGUGAAAGAAGCAGCAGCAGCAGCAACAACAAAAACAUGAACUCACAUUGAAGAUUGGGGUAGGCUAGUGAUGAAACCAAACAUGAGCCACAUGGACCAAAGAGAAAGCAAGAAAGAGAAAGAUAAUGAUACAAUUUAAAACAACAAUACAAUUUUAUUGGAACUAUUUGCCUUAUCCUUUGUUAAAGGCACCUACCUUUAACUUAAUUCUCAUAUCCUUUUCGUUCUCUGAUUAAAUGUAACUAUGGUUUGUAUGUUGCAGCCCUCCCCAACAACAUUCAGUGAGGUUUUCCAGUGCAUGUUUGAUUACAUAGACAGGUUAUUCAUUAUGGUUCGCCCUCGAAGGCUUUUGUACAUGGCCAUUGAUGGUGUGGCUCCUCGUGCUAAGAUGAACCAGCAGCGCUCCAGACGAUUCAGAGCUGCAAAAGAUGCAGCGGAUGCGGCUGCAGAAGAAGAAAGGCUACGUGAAGAGUUUGAGAGGGAAGGCAGAAAACUUCCUUCAAAACAGCAAUCGCAAACAUGUGAUUCCAAUGUUAUUACUCCAGGGACUGAGUUUAUGGCUGUUUUAUCAGUUGCUUUGCAGUAUUACAUCCAUCUCAGAUUGAAUUAUGAUCCUGGAUGGAAACAAAUUAAAGUUAUUUUGUCUGAUGCCAAUGUUCCUGGUGAAGGGGAACAUAAAAUUAUGUCGUACAUUCGUGGCCAACGGAAUUUGUCUGGUUUUAACCCAAACACACGCCAUUGCCUGUAUGGCCUGGAUGCAGAUCUGAUCAUGUUAGCUUUAGCGACACAUGAAGUACAUUUCUCAAUACUGAGAGAGGUAGUUUAUACACCUGGACAGCAGGAUAAAUGCUUCUUGUGUGGUCAGGUGGGACAUUUAGCAGCAAACUGUGAAGGAAAGGUGAAAAGAAAAGCUGGGGAGUUUGAUGAGAAGGGGGACGCUAUUGUUCCCAAGAAACCUUAUCAGUUCUUGAAUGUAUGGACCCUUCGGGAGUACUUAGAAUACGAGUUCAGAAUGCCAAACCCACCUUUCAAAAUUGAUUUUGAACGCAUCGUUGAUGAUUUCAUCUUCAUGUGCUUCUUUGUUGGCAAUGAUUUUCUUCCACAUAUGCCAACGCUAGAGAUCCGUGAGGGAGCUAUUAAUUUGCUAAUGGCAGUAUACAAGAAGGAAUUUCCCUCGAUGGGUGGCUAUUUAACUGAUUCUUGCACGCCUGAUCUGAAUAGAGUUGAACACUUCAUUCAAGCAGUUGGUUCCUACGAGGAUAAAAUAUUUCAGAAAAGAGCCCGUUUGCAUCAGCGUCAAGCAGAAAGAAUUAAACGAGAAAAGGCUCAGGCGAAGCGGGGCGAUGAUCUGGAUCCCCUUGUUCGGGAUGAUCUUAUUGUGCCUGUUCAACGUUUUCAAGGGUCUCGCCUAGCCUCUGGGGCUGUACCUGCACCAUAUGAGCAGAAUGGAUCUCAUAAAGACAACAAAGAAAGGAACAAUCGAGCUCGGAAAGCUGCAAGAGUAUCAAUGCCAGUUUCCAGCAUCGCUGCAGCCAUAGUUGAAGCAGAAAAUGACCUCGAAGCACAAGAACGUGAAAACAAAGAAGAACUGAAGUCAAUGCUUACAGAUGCACUUCGAGAGAAGUCAGAUAUUUUUAAUUCUGAAAAUCCAGAGGAGGAUAAGGUGAAACUUGGAGAACCAGGAUGGAGGGAAAGGUACUAUGAAGAGAAAUUUGGGGCAAGAACACCUGAACAGAUUGAAGAAAUACGCAGAGAUGUUGUUCUCAAAUACACUGAAGGUUUAUGCUGGGUAAUGCACUACUACUACGAAGGUGUCUGCUCAUGGCAAUGGUUCUAUCCUUAUCACUAUGCUCCGUUCGCUUCGGAUUUGAGGGAUUUGGGUCAUCUUAAUAUUACAUUUGAACUUGGGACACCAUUCAAACCUUUUGAUCAGCUUAUGGGGGUUUUCCCAGCUGCAAGUGCUCAUGCGCUGCCGCUACAGUAUCGCCGAUUUAUGACUGAUCCCAGUUCACCAAUAAUUGAUUUUUAUCCUACGGAUUUCGAAGUAGAUAUGAAUGGGAAAAGAUACUCUUGGCAAGGGAUAGCAAAACUGCCCUUUAUUGAUGAAGCUCGCUUAUUGACUGAGAUAAAAAAAGUUGAGCAUACUUUGACGCCUGAAGAAGCAAGGAGAAACAGUGUCAUGUUCGAUAUGCUUUUCGUGAAUGGAUCACACCCUCUUUCGCCUUAUAUCUACUCUCUCAACAGCAAAUUUGGACAUCUGCCUGACAAAGAGAGAAAUGAAAUUAAAGAAAAGCUUGACCCUUCUGCUAGUGGAGGAAUGAAUGGCUACAUAACACUUUGCAGUGGGGACCCAUGCCCUCCUAUCUUUAGGUCUCCUGUGGAUGGGCUGGAGGAUAUUAUGGAUAAUCAAGUGAUAUGCUCAAUCUACAAGCUUCCAGAUCAUCAUAAGCACGUAGCCCGGCCUCCGGUUGGUGUUAUCAUACCCAAGAAGACUGUUGAAGCUGGUGAUCUGAAACCGCCUCCAGUGCUGUGGCAUGAAGAUAGUGGCAGGAGGCCUCAUGAUAAUAGCAACAGGCACAACCCACCUGGAGCCAUGUCAGGCCGCCAACUUGGAGAGGCAGCCCACCGACUAGUCAUAAACAGCUUAAAUGCUCAGGGUAGGGGGCAACAUAGUGGCCCAUCAAUGCCAUAUCAAACUAUAAUGAAUGGCAUGCACCAUCUGAAUGUGGUGCACCCUAAUGGCAAUCAAGUAAUGCCUCCCCGGGGGGAGCAAUCUGGUUGGUAUGUGCCUAGGGGUAGUGUUCCUAAUGGUCAAAUACAAGCUUAUGCAUCAUCAGGAACAGGUCAUUAUCAGUAUGAAAGGUCAGGGCCUUCACAAGGUAACCGAGGAAGGCAACAAACUCACCCGUAUUCAAGAGAUGGCUACCAUGACGCAAGAGGCAGGGUUCCACCUGCAUAUGGAUACCAGCAGACUGGUGGCAACUUGUACUCAUCACAGCCUGUUGCUGCGCCAUCAGGUCCUGGACUGUAUGGGCAACCCCCAUCAGCAUAUCCUGGGGUUCGUGGUGGAGGCUACUGGCCCCCUCCAUAUGGUGGAGCCCAACAGUGGCAGCAGCAGCAGCAACCAUAUAGUUCAUAUGCUGGAAGAGGGCCUUAUGGAGGUGGGCCACCAACCACUAGAGCUGAUUCACGAGAACAGCAGUCACAGAACCGUUAUGGCUCUUUGGACAGAAGUUCAAGCCGGAGGCCUCCAUCUGGAUAUGACCGAUGAUAGAUCUUGACCCAGCACCUGUUGUAGUUCGUACUGUGUUGUUAGUAGAUGUUUCCUAGUAAAAUAGAGUAACUCAGCUAAGGCAUAGGCGCAUACAGCAUCAGCAAAGUUCAGUGAUCUUCAAGCAGCUAGAUCAUGGUCUCAUUUAUUCAGAAGAUAGCAUAUAAUUGCCCAGGGAUUCAACAGUUCCGGAUGAUGGAUAUAUUCUACCCUGAGGCUUGCCAAGUUUUGUUGAUGGAUGGGAUCAGAAAAUGAUCCACAGUUUUGUGCCAUUCUUGUAUUAGAUAAGAGUGCCCAUUUUCAGUUUUGAUGGUGAGUGUAUUCCAAAUCAUGUGCUCUAAGAUCUCGGGAAGCUGCUAUCUCAUCAUGCGUAGUUGUUA